UGAGCGCGGUGCUGUCGCGACCGGGUCGCGGCGCUGUCGCGACAGCGGGGGGGGGGGGCGUGGGGGCGUGGCGGGCGCAUGACGGAGCCGCCCGGGGAGAGCGAACCGGUGGGUCCCCCCGAACAGCCCCCCGCCGGGGUCGGGCACGGCAGCAAGAUGCAGCGGCUGAAGCGGUCGCUGUCCCUCCGGACGCUGCUGCGGAGCAAGAGCGUGGAAAGCCUCUUCCCGCGGCCGGGCGGGGGGGCGCAGGGCCCCGGGACCCCCCCGUCCCCCCCCCGGCCACACGGCUUCCAGCAGUACGUCUUCAAGAAGCAUUGCCCCUGCGAGCUGUGCCGGCAGCUCAUCGCAGGUAACUCGCGGCAGGGCCUGCGGUGCAAGGCGUGCAAGGCCGGCGUGCACCUCUGGUGCUCCGAGGGGAUCUCGCACCAACGGUGCCCUGGCAAGACGGCCACCUCUUUCUGCCGCAAUUUCAGCUCACCCCUGCUGCUGCCAGAGCAGGGGGGCUCCGCGCAGGGCUCGACCCCCCCAGACCCCAGUGCGAGGGUGGACCCCGUGUACGAGGCGCUGCGGUUCGGCACCUCCCUGGCACACGGCACUGGCCCCACGGAGCUGCCCCCCAGCACCCAGCAGUUGUCACCCCAGCAGAGAGGGACAGUCUGGAGGAGAAGAGCCCCAGGCAGCAGGCUGCCCGGGGGCCAGCGCGGUGGGACGGGGCGCCCAUGUUCUCCUACGUGGCUCUCUACAAGUUCGUGCCCCAGGAGCACCAGGACCUGGCGCUGCAGCCCGGGGACAGGGUCACGCUGGUGGACGACUCCAACGAGGACUGGUGGAAGUGAGUGCGGGGGGCCUCAGCCGCCCCUCGGCCACGCCGCAGGGGAAGGUGGGCGACCGGCUGGGCUUCUUCCCGGCCAACUUCGUGCAGCGCGUCCGUCCCGGCGAGAGCGUCUGGAGGAGCUGCCGGGCCGUGCAAGGCGACAGGGAACAAGGGCGCAUGAGCCUCAGGGAGAACCAGAUCUGCGUCGGCGUGGGCAGGACCCAGGGCCUCAUCCGGGUGACCAGUGGGAGGAAGAGGGGGCUGGUCCCUGCCGAGGCGCUGACCGAAAUCUGAGGGGCAGUGUCCAGCCCCCCCCCCCCCAGUGUCCCUGUCCCCGUCACCACCACCACCCCCCCCCCGGAUCACCACACCUCAGGAAGCCCCAUCCGGGCGGUUCCCCCACAUGUGCCAGUCAGCGUGUGCGGACACAGCGUGCACAGUGUGUGUGUGGGGGGGGGAGAGGGCGGGGGGGUGCACGGCAGCAGGUGUGCAAAUCCCCGUGUGUACACCAGGGCACACGCCUCUGCCCAUGCACACACAGGCAGGUGCAGCUCCAACCCCCCCCCCCCCCCACUCCAGAGCCAUACACACCUGUACCUGUGCACUAACACACGCGUGUGCAGCCCCACUGCUGGAGCCAGCUCACCCACGCAAUUCC